ACAGGAAAGAGAAACUUUCCAAUGGAACCUCCAAAAACGGCAGGAAGUACCUGCUCCGGAAUAUAAUUUACCCGUAAAUGUUAGUCAGAACUUAAUUACUAAAAUAAUUACUAAGCAUAUCGGCAAACCUUCUUCUCUGUCACUUCGUCAUAUCGCAAGCUCGUCCGAGUUUGUUCUUCCGUCUUCUUGUGUUGCUUCAAGCACCUUUGGCGCAUCAUCAAGAUAGCACACAGUUUGUGCUUGAAAGGCCAGAUAAGGGAGCAUCUUAGACCUCCAUCACGCCUAAUUUUCAUCCUUCCUCCAGCUCACCUCUCAUUUUCUCCCCCCGCGAGUUUCGACAACAACUUCUCAAUCCUCCCUGUCAAGUUGAAGGUGCCCAAUAUGUCGCUCUCACCGCCGCCUUCGGUCUCUCUAAGCUUGCCUCAUGCACCUGCAAAUCCCAAAAAACGAUUGUCUAUUGCAUCGGCCUCAUCUAACCCUCCUGCAAACUUGAAGCGCCAGCGAACGCACCCUUUACGGCAAACGUCAUUCCCCAUAUCUGCCGAUAGUGACCCGCGCGUUUACACAGGGGCCAGCUCAAGAUCGGAAGCCGAAGUGAGCGUAACGGGUAGCUUCACAGGGUCAUUUGCUGGGAGUCUUGGUGGCAGUACGGUUGGUGGAAGGGGGAGGAAGAAAAAGAGUAAAAAGGACAAGGACGGUGCGGCGAGUAUAAAAGGCGGAGCUGACGGUUCUGUCGGUGGGCGUGGGGACACAGGUACAUCUGUGAAAAAUGGAACAAACCAAGGCGAUGAGGACGCAGAUAAUGAUGAUGAUGAUUACAUCGAGGAGCCCGAGAUCGAUGGUGGCGCGGCCGUUGACGCGGCUGCCGAAAAGAAAAAUCUUGCGAUUUUGAUGGAUGCAUUUAAUCCCGAGCAGUCGUCUCGAUACGAUUGUUUCAAGCGUACUAAACUGAACAAAUCUACCCUUCGAAAGAUUGUGAAUCAGACAUUAUCUCAAUCUGUUCCCCCAAAUGUCGUCACCACCAUUGGAGGUUAUACCAAAGUAUUUAUUGGGGAAAUUGUCGAAAAGGCGAGGACAAUUCAAGCUGAGUGGGCCGAGGCAUUUGAUGCAGGCGCCAUUGCCGACGCCGAAGCGGAAGAGGCAGCACACCAGCGCAAACGGCAAGAACAAGCAGAUAAAGAGAAGGAAAAUAACAGCACGCAGACUUCAUUACAACCAGUCCACGGGGAUAGUUCCGGUACGUUGGCUGUGAAACCUGAGUCAUCUGAAAACGGGCCUGCUAGUAGUGCGAUGGAAGGCAUCCAGUCUGCGCCGCUACCAGCUUCAACGCCUUCUCAUACUCAUGUUACAACCCAGAGUACUGCUGCCACGGAGGGGGCUUCUCUCGAUAGCUCAACGCUUGCCCCUAGGAAGUCAAUCAAGCUCCCACCGAACCCUCAUCGUGGGCCACUUCUACCGUCACAUAUUCGUGAGGCAUUGCGACGAUAUAAACUCAGUGCACACGGUGAUAAUGUUGGGUUUUCCGGCCUGAGUUUGAAAGGAUUUGGUGUAAAGGGGCCAUUUUCAUGGAGUGUCAGGGGAACUGGUGGGAGGAGACUCUUUGGUUAA